UGUUUGUAUGUCUCAACUCGGUAUCAAAUUGAAUCCGUGAUGCAUCGUGUUUGGUUUAUCUAAAUGUGUGUGUGAUACGGUGGGAAUUGUGAUAUAUGAUGGAUGUUGAGGGAUUGAGGCGAUCGUGAGUGGACACUGUUGAGUCAUCUCUGCAUUAAAGUGAAAGCUACGGACACAGAGGCAGUUUCAACUCUGAUUGCCACGUUAUUUGUUUGAUUUAUUUGAUACUGUGUUCACUAGUACUUAAUUUUUGGUGGGGUAGCAGAGUUCCAAAUUCAGAUCAUAAAGGAGUUUCGAAUAGAUCCGUUGCAUUUUGGGCAACGAGCUCAAAUGAGCUGAAUUUUCCUCAUUGGCCACAUUCAACUUUUGAAGAUUAUAUUAUGGGAACUGGUGCUAUAUAUUUGGCGGGUUGGAUCUAUUGAAGAAGGAAUCUUCGAGAGUGCUAUUCUUUUUAAUUUCUGGGCUCAAUGAGCAGAGAACAGAACAUGGAGAAGCUGGAAAAGGGAUCGGAUGCUGCUGAGAAGGUAGUUGUUGCUGUGAAGGCGUCUAAGGAAAUCCCCAAGACUGCUUUGGUUUGGGCUUUGACUCAUGUGGUUCAACCAGGGCACUGCAUCACAUUGCUUGUGGUUAUGCCUGGACAAAGUUCAGGUAGAAAAUUAUGGGGUUUUCCAAGAUUUACCGGAGACUGUGCUAGUGGUCACCGGAGGUCAAACACAGGAACAAGUUCAGACCAAAAAAUUGAUAUUACAGAUUCCUGCUCCCAAAUGAUCCUUCAGCUUCAUGAUGUAUAUGAUCCUAAUAAGAUAAAUGUGAAGAUAAAAAUUGUUUCUGGAUCGCCAUGUGGAGCAGUAGCGGCAGAGGCCAAGAAAAUUCAAGCUAGCUGGGUUGUAUUGGACAAAAAGCUCAAACACGAACAAAAGCGAUGUAUGGAAGACUUGCAAUGCAACAUUGUGAUAAUGAAGAAAUUGCAGCCAAAAGUUCUUCGUCUGAAUUUAGUUGGAUCGCCAAAGAAGAGACCUGAAGCCAACUGUCCAUUGCCUCCGACAGAUCAAUCAGUUGAAAAACAAACGAAAAACAAGAACUCUUCUCUGGAUUCGAUUCGAGGACCGGUUGUUACCCCAACAAGUAGUCCCGAGGUAUUUACUGCAACUGAAGCUGGAACCUCAUCGGUCUCAAGUUCUGAUCCGGGAACAUCACCAUUUUUUAUUCCUGUAACUAAUGGCUCCUUAAAGAAGGAGAAAUCUUUAGCCGGAAAGGAGAAUCAGGAUCUCCUCGAGUCGAGUUCAGACUCUGAAAGUGAGAAUCUUUCAUCAUCUUCCUCUAGCUUAAGGUUUCAACCAUGGAUGGUGGAAAUGAUCACUUCAAGCUGUCAAUCGUCUCAAAACAAAGAGGAAAGUUCACAAAGAUAUAGUUCACAAGCUCAAACUUCCACAACUAAUGAUAUGUUCAGGAGGUUAUCUAAGCUUGAUAGAGACUCUGAGCAUGGAAGCCAUAGAAGUGACGUAGAAUUUAGUGGUAAUGUUAGAGAAGCUAUAUCUUUGUCUCGAAAUGUACCUUCUGGCCCACCUCCCUUGUGCUCAAUAUGUCAGCACAAGGCACCCAUAUUUGGAAAGCCUCCAAGGUGGUUCAGUUAUGCUGAGCUGGAGCUUGCUACCGGAGGUUUCUCUCAAGCUAAUUUCUUGGCUGAAGGAGGAUUUGGCUCAGUACACAGAGGGGUUCUUCCAGAUGGUCAGGCAGUGGCUGUUAAGCAACACAAACUAGCAAGUUCUCAAGGGGAUCAAGAAUUUUGCUCGGAAGUUGAAGUACUGAGUUGUGCUCAGCAUCGGAAUGUUGUUAUGUUGAUUGGAUUCUGUAUUGAGGAUGGAAGGAGGCUGCUUGUCUACGAAUAUAUAUGCAAUAGAUCAUUGGACACUCAUCUUUAUGGACGUCAUCGAGAUCCUUUAGAAUGGGCAGCACGCCAAAAAAUUGCAGUCGGAGCUGCCCGAGGACUGCGAUAUCUUCAUGAAGAAUGCAGGGUAGGUUGCAUUGUGCAUCGUGACAUGCGGCCAAACAACAUCCUCAUCACCCAUGAUUUUGAACCUCUGGUAGGGGAUUUUGGCUUAGCACGGUGGCAGCCUGAUGGAGACACCGGAGAAGAAACACGAGUAAUCGGAACAUUCGGAUACUUGGCUCCUGAGUAUGCACAAAGCGGGCAGAUCACCGAGAAAGCCGAUGUAUAUUCUUUCGGAGUCGUAUUGGUGGAGCUUGUUACAGGCCGAAAAGCGGUGGAUCUUAACCGACCCAAAGGCCAACAAUGUCUCACAGAAUGGGCACGGCCAUUGUUGGAAGAAGAUGCGAUUGACGAGUUAAUAGACCCACGGCUAGGGAACUCGUAUUCAGAACCGGAGGUUUAUUGCAUGUUGCAAGCUGCUUCUCUAUGCAUAAAAAGAGAUCCACAGUUACGUCCUCGUAUGUCACAGGUGCUACGGAUACUAGAAGGCGAUAUGAUCAUGGACUCAAGUCACGACGUGGUCAGCCGGAGUGGUAGGUUAUGGACGACAGAUCAUCAACAACACAACGGGAGUCCAACGAGCGAGACGUUUAACCAAGGUUUCAGUGGCAAGCCUUCUCUCGAUUCAACACGACCUUCUUAUUGGCAAAGAGAGAAACCGAGAAGGGCUAAUUCAUGUGAAGACGGAAGGCGCUGAACAACUAUUUUUGUAUGCAAUUAAUGACCGACAUGAUUAGUUAGUGUUUUUUGUAAUUCAUGGAUGAAUGAAGAAAACUGCAGGUCGUAGUCGUAGUGUUGGUUAUAUAUUUUGUUCCACAAAACAAAGGAAUCAAAGGAAGCAACGCUGAUCGAAACCAGUCUUCUAGAAAUACAAGCAGAGAUUGUGUCCAGGAUCGAAGGUCUGAUGACCCAUUCAUCAUUUGUGUAGCAACCAAAUUGUAUGUAAAUUUUUGAGUAAAUUACAUUCUUUUGUUUCAA